AUGCAGCGGAAAAGACAUGGACAAGAACUGGAUUUAAAGAUUUAAAGCAUAUAAACCAGAAAAUUAGUAAGCAUGAAAAUUCGGCUCGUCACAUGAUUUGUUCGACAGAAUUGGCUUUAUUGGGAACAGCUAGUAUCGCUGCUCAGUUAGAUUUCGCUUACAGGCAAAAUAUUAUUAAGCACAACGAGCAAGUGGACAAAAAUAGAUAUCUUUUAAAAAGAAUAAUAAACUGUAUAAAGUUUUGCGGUAAAUUGGAAUUAGCGUUAAGAGGGCACGACGAAAGUGAAGACUCUGAAAAUCGUGGCAUUUUUCGAGAGUUGAUUAAUUUUACGUCCGAACUGGAUACAAUAUUAAAGGAACAUUUAAAAAGUGCGACACUGUUUAAGGGUACUUCUAAAACAGUACAAAAUGAAAUACUAGAUAGUAUGUUGGAAGUCUGCCAACAAGAAAUUCGACAGCAAAUUAAUGCAGCAGAGUUUUUAGCUAUACAGUGCGACGAAACAACAGAUAUUUCACAUCAUUGUCAAAUGGUAAUGAUAUUUAGAUAUCUCCAUGAAGGUGAAAUACAAGAAAGAUUUUGGCGUUUUUUGAGCGUUACGGACAAGACAGCUGAAGGUUUGGCAAAGUGUAUCGAAGAAGAACUAGGCCCAUUAUUAAAAGAUUCACCCCACAAAUUAAUUGCGCAAACUUAUGAUGGUGCAAACGUAAUGAGCGGUAGCAGUGGUGGAGUUCAAACAAAAAUCAAACAAAAAUAUCAGAACGCUCAUUUUAUACACUGUUACGCUCACCAACUGAACUUAAUUAUGCAGAGAGCAGCCAGCCAAAAUCCAAAAGUAAAAGUGUUUUUUUCAAACCUGUCGGCAAUUCCAAGUUUCUUCUCCAACUCCACGCACAGAUGCGAUUUAUUGGAAAAAAUAGUUAAAACCAAAAUGCCAAAGGUUGCGCCAACACGGUGGAAUUAUAACAUUCGCACAGUCAGUGCCGUUUUUGAGAACCGUGAAAGUCUUAUUGAUUGUUUCCGGGAGUUAGAGAAUAAAUGUGAUAAAACAAUUACUAGUAAGGAGGCAUACGGUUUAAGAAGAGCACUCGAAGAUUCUGAUUUCAUCUUUUUUUUGACUUUUUUUCACAAAACCCUACCGCACGUAGCUAUUUUGUUUAACCAGUUUCAAAGUAGGAAUAAAGACAGUGUACAACUUUUAAAAGAUAUUGAGGUAUUUGAGAAGGCCAUUGUAUUGAUUAGGGACACUACAGAGGAUAUACAGCAAACUGUUGAAAAUGAGCAUGGAGACAAUGGAAAUAAACGCAGAAAAGUAGGACCCGAAGAAAGAAAUUGUAUUAUUGCAAAAGAAGUUUGCGAUAUAAUAAUUGUACAGACAAGAGAGAGAGAGACUUUCUUACAGGGGUCAUCUAGAAGCUGCAUCUUUAUUAGAUACACAAAACUUCACAAACUAUUCGAGAUAUUUUCCAGCAAAAAUACUGAAUUCAGUUGUGACUUAUUAUCCAAUGGUAAAUAA